AUUUAAUUACAAACAUUUACAAAAUUUAACGUUAAGCGCUAUUGCUUGAAUGUGAAAAACAAUAAAAUGUCAUUUGCUAAAAUAUCUGCGCAUAUAAAUCGUUGUUAUCGAUAAAUAAAAUAAUUUCGAUAGAUCGAUUUUAAAAUUCCAGCGACCAUUUAUAAAAUUGUAGCAUUUCUUGUCAAAAAAAUUAUAAGUCUGCAUUUCAUCAUCGUAAACUGUACCGCAUAAAUAUUUUUUCUAUUAGAAAAAAAUUAAAAGCUCGCUACCGAAAUAAAUGAGGAUAUUGAGAAUUUUGAUACAACCAACAUAGUUCUUUGAGUUCCGCAGUUCAUUUAAGUAUACAAAAUUCAAUAUCUACAGAGAUGGCAUCGGAACUUACAAAUACGCCAUCAGUUGUAGAGUUUAUGGACUCUAUAAAAUGCGAUGUGGAAGCAUGUAGAAGAUCUAACUCAAGUAGCUCAAGAAGCAGCGCAGAUAGUAUCAUUGACAUACGUCUUGGUCUUAAGUCUAGGAGUCCAAAUAAUAUGCCAAACAAGCUGUUCAAAAUUGAGCUUAUCAGUACUAAAGAGUCUCAUCCUUUUGAAAUGCGUUCUAUUACUGUUCAUCCAAAUACAUGUGUAAAAGUAGGUCGCAUAAUUGGCAAAAAUAAGGAAUCACUCACUAAUGCCUGUUUUGACACAAAAGUACUCUCCAGACAUCAUGCAGUUAUUUGGUAUUCCAGUGACAAUAAUAAGUUUUGGAUAAAAGACACAAAAUCCUCGAAUGGUACUUAUCUUAAUAAUAUUAAAUUGGAAACAGAACCAGCUGAAUUACGUUUUGGUGAUAUUGUCAAGUUUGGUCUUGAUGUAGUAGAAAAUAAUACAAAGGAAAAGCAUGGAUGUAUAAUAGCGUAUGUUAAGUUGUAUUUGCCAGAUGAUCAGGAAGCUUUACCGGUUGAGCCAAAUACACGUUUAGCAUCACAUUCCGGUGAGACUGUUAUAAGUUACAGAGACUUGCAUCGUUUGAAUAUAUUUUUGCAAGAAUCUAUACAAAGGGAAGAAAUGCUACAAAAUAAAUUGAAUAAUUUACAAAGUGUAGUAGAAGCAACACGUCAAAAUACAGCGCAAUGUUGGAGAUCCAUAGUUUCCGAAGAUCAACUUUUACAUAUAAUACAUUCCUUGGAGAAUAAACUAAUGUUGGCUAAGCAAAAUAUGCCGGAGAAUGCAUUGAAAGGUGAAAUAUUCAAAUUACUCGAUGAGAAAAGCAGUUAUCAGCAUGCGGCUAAGGAGGCUCUAAGAAGAGUUUAUAACGAACGUUUAGAUGUGAAACAAACGCUGUCGAAGUUGCAAGUAACACAUAAAUCCACAGAGGAGGAAAGCAAACUUUUGACAGAGCAAAUUCUUAAUAUAAGGCGCAACCAUGAAGAGGUGAAUAGUCGUUUAUUUACUCUAGAGAGUGAAUAUACAAAAAGUAAAAAAGAAAAAGCCGAAAUACUACAACAGUUUAAGGACAAAGAGUUAGCAUGCGUGGCGCAGUAUAUGCAGAAAAUGGAAUAUAUUAAAAAGAAAUGUGAGAUUAUUAGAAGUCAGGUUUCAAUCUUAGGAGAUAGUAACGAAGGUAACGAUGUUCAGAACCAGUUAGUUGAAACAAUUAAUGCAAUUAUUUCGGACUUAAAUAUUGCUAAAGUGAUUACUAAAACUAAAGAGGAAACAGUAGGUGCCUCAGACAAAGCUGAGGAGCAAAUUAAUGAUGCUAUAGUAGAGUUCCCAAAAAUAAUUACAGAAGAAUAUGAACAAAGCGAAAUUGAGAUAAAAGACUUAUCAUAUAAACCAAUUCCGAAAAAAUCUGCAUCAAAUUCCUUCUAUAUUAUUAAUCUCUUGAAGAAUGUACAAGAGAAUCUUAAAACGUUGGAAAUGAAAAUUGGAAACGAAACAAACGAAAUUGUAGUUCCCAUCCACUCCACUUGCGAUGAUGCUGAAAUUGAUCAAGAAAAUGAUGAACUGUGUAAUAAAAAAUUAAGAAAUAAAGACGAUUACUUGUUACUAAAGAAUACGAUAUCCAUGUUGGAAGCAGCAUAUAAUGAAGUGUGCAAAGACGGCAGCCCAAGAAAGGACUUACAAGACCAAAUAAAAGCAACAAGUUCCAUUAAUAUUGGCUGUGGUGACUACGAUGAAAAAACUGAUAUUCAAACCAAUUGUGAUGACGAUGUUUUAAUUUUUUAUAAAAACUUAACUAACACAUCUACAGAUAGCGAAGAUGAUUCAGAUGUAAUAAGUGUAAAAAGAUUUCUACCUGACCCUUUUACCCAAAAUAAGGACUCUCUAUUCACGGUUAAAACACCAACAUCUAAUGAACUUGAUGAUGAUGGUGAUGACGACGACGAUGAUGAUGGUAACUAUGCAUUAACUGCAAAAAAGACGGUAGCUGCCAUUGGUAAAACUUAUGAUGAUGACUACGCUUCCUUAAUAGAAAAUACAUUGUUUAAUUCCUUUAACGGAACGGACAUUGGCUCUCUAACAUUGUCAAGGAAAAAUCUUCAUUUGUUUGAUAUCGAAAAUACUUUACUAUCAGCGAAGAGAUCGUACACUCUUGAUAGUGAUGACGAUGAUAAAGCAUACACAUCAUUAUCCGCAAAUAAUAACGAUGUUGAGCUUAAAACUUUAACAGCAGAAAAAAAAGUACAUUUUUUAGCGAGUGAUGAUGUUAACGAUAAUUGCUCAAGACUACCAGUGCACUUACGUAGUAUUUUGUGUUCUGAAGGUAAUGAUAAGAUCAAUACUUCACCAUCUGCACCGUCCAUUAAUAAAGUCGAUAGCAAUGAGGCUAACAAAUCACUUGAACAUAAAUCUUCAUCUCAGAAAACAGUGUCAAAAAAUAUUCCUAUCGACAAUGAUAAAAAUGAUCCCUUUCUUACUUUUUUGGAGUGCAACAAUAACAAUGAUAGAGAAGAUAUUUUGCUAACAGCAAAUAAAACACUAAACUUGUUCAAUUUUGGUGAUAUUGUUAAGGAUGAUACUACACCUACGACAAACAAGUCUAUCAGUUACAUUGAAACUUUUAAAUUCAGUGCUGUCAUAGAUGAACAACAAAAUGAUCUGAACGUUUUUGCCUGUCCAGAUAAUGCUGAUACCUUAACUCCAACAAAGAAGUCUAGCAGUUCAAUUAAAACUAUAAUAUCAAAAUCUUUUGCUUAUCAAAUUGAUGAUGAUAACGUAACUACAACUAAAAAGUCUGUCAGUGGACUGAUCGAUGAAGUGCAGCAUGAACUCAAUGAAGAACAAAACGAUCUCAAAGUUUUUGCAUAUCCAGAUAAUGAUGUUACCUUAUCUCCAACAAGGAAGUCCAAUAGUUCAAUUAAAACUAUAAUAUCCAGUGGCCUUAUGGAUAAAGAACACCAUGACCUCAAAGCUCUUGCUUAUCAAAAUGAUGAUGAUAACUUACCUACAGCUAAAAAGUCUAUCAGUUCCAUUAAAACUCUUAAACCUAGUGGCCUGACCGAUGAAGAGCAGCAUGAACUCAAUGUUUUUGCUUAUCAAAAUAUAAUAUAUGAACUAAAUAAUAAAAUCUUUUACUUAGAAAAAGGAACACAACAAUCUCUACAAUUAAUGCAAAUGGAAUGCGAUCUGUUAAAUGAGAAAAUCGAGACACUGUCGAAAGUUAAUGAAAAGCUCACGAAUGACAGAGAUCUAUUAAAGAAAACCUUAAAGAAAAAUAAAACUCUUUUGUCAAAAGCGAAGAAACGUAAGGAGCACAAAAAUGUCCCUACCGAAAAUAGAGGAAUGAAUACUGACGGAAUGAAAAAUGAAAUUAAUGACGAAAUCGAUCGCAAAAUCGGUGGUGAAAUCAAAGACGAAAUCAAAGAUGAAAUCGAUGACAAAAUUGAAAAUGAAAUCAAUGAUGAAAUCAAUCGUGAAAUAAAACUACAAAGAGCUGGUCUAAUGAUAUCCGCCAUUUCUUCCGAAAGUGAUCUUAUUUACAAUUCCAUUCAGUUAAAGAGAAAUGUAAUGAGGGAAGCAGAUAUAGAGAUUAAUAACGCAAUUGCUAAAAAAGUCGAUUUAAAUGUAUACGAUGAUUAUCUGAAUGACAUCACACGCGAUAAUGAAGAGUUAUGUUUGGAGCUGGAAACAUUACAAAAAAAUGCAUUGUAUUCCCGAGCAACUCUAUUGCAAAUAACUACUGUAAGUUUUGUUCUAAUCAUAAUUAUUUCUUAUAUAAUUUAUGUUAAGUUGUUUUCUCAUGAGUUUUAAAUAUUA